UUGAUACAAUUAAAAAAUAUUGAACUUUUUCUCAUGGUUUGUUACUCUGUAUCUGUCGUUGCCAUUGUAUCAACUUUUUUAACCAUCUAUUCACUUUCUCUGUUCUUGAAUUCGAAAACCAAGCAAUUCAACGAGGUAAGUUUAGUAGGAACAAAGGGGUGUGAUAUUUACAAAGGGAGUUGGGUUCUGGAUGAAUCAUAUCCUCUUUAUAAUUCAUCAACUUGUCCCUUCAUUGAGAACACAUUUGAUUGUCAAAAGCAUGGACGCCCUGAUAAAGAAUUUUUCAAGUAUAGAUGGCAGCCAUUUGGAUGUAAUUUGCCAAGAUUUAAUGGAACCGAAUUGGUGUUGAAAUACAAAGGGAAACGCAUCAUGUUUGUUGGAGAUUCACUUGGUCAAAAUCAGUGGUUUUCUCUUGCAUGCAUGCUUCAUGUUGCACUACCACAAGCCAAGUAUAGCCUAGAUAAAAUUGGAAAGGUUUAUGUAUUCACCCUCCUGGAAUACAAUAUUUGGCUAUUGUGCCUUGCGAAUACACUAUUUGUUGAUACUGUAACGGAGAAAGGCUCAAGGGUACUCAAGAUUGAUUCCAUCAGUUCAGGCAAUAUUUUGAAAGAAAUGGAUGUGUUGGUUUUUAAUACAUGGCAUUGGUGGGAUCGCAAAGGGAUAAAACAAACUUGGAAUGUCAUUCAAGAAGGGAAUAUUACGUACAAAGAUAUGGACAGAAUGGAACUUUAUAAGAAAGGAUUAAAUACAUGGGCCAAAUGGGCUGAUUCUAAUCUUAAUUCCACAAAAACAAGAGUAUUUUUUCAAGGUGUUUCUCCAGACCAUGAUGGAUGCAAAGGAAAAGUAAGACCAAUGCAAAGUUCAGGAAGUGUACAUCCAGCAGAAAUAGAGCUGGAGAAAGUUCUGAAAACUAUGUCAAAAUUAUAUAUUCAUUUGAUCAACAUAACGAGGUUGUCACAGUACAGAUCAGACGGUCAUCAAUCCAUCUAUAGUGGUGAUAGCAAUAGCAUGGAUUGUAUCCACUGGUGUCUACCUGGGGUGCCUGAUGCUUGGAAUCAACUCCUUUAUCACCUUCUUAUUUCAUAGUUUUAUUAUAUUUUUGUUCAUUUUUAUUUCUAAUUAACAUUUUGCUUGGAAAUUCAGAAAAAUUUCUUGUCCCCUUGUAUCAGUCAGAUCAAUAAGCUUACGUACACAAUUGCUUGAGGCAAAAAAAAUAAUCUUUUUCUUAUGAUAAUAAAAUGAGUAGCUAGCUGGCUUGCAAUAGCAAGGUGCCAAGUACCAUAUAGGCUAUUAA